GUAACGUGCUUGAGGGAUUUUGGUUUUGAAUGUCUUGAUAACAUUGACAUGAAGAGGAAUAGUGAUUGAUGGCUACGGCAAGUGAUAUAGAUCUGAGGCAAGAAGGAACUGUAUUUGAUUGCCCAAUAUGUUUAGAAAGGUUAAAAGUCCCCAAAUAUCUCCCAUGCCUACACACAUUUUGUGAACAGUGUAUACACUCAUAUAUUGAAACCUGUGUUGGAAAAUCAAGCCGCAAUGAAGUGCAAACUUUGACUUUUGAAUGUCCUGUAUGUCGACAAAAAGUCGUUGCUCCAGAGGCGGAUAUUACACCAGAGAACUGGGCAAAUAAACUUCCAUUAAACCACCUACUAUUAUCACUUCUGGAUAAUAAAGUCAAGUUGACACCUACCUGUGACCAAGGGAAAAGUGUUUUGUGUGAACCAUGCAAACGUGUCAAUGAGAGAAAAAGUGCCAAGUUUUACUGCAGCAAUUGUGAUGACAGUCUUUGUGAAACCUGCUUUUCGUAUCUUCACAGACGUGUUCCUCAUUAUAAAAAUCAUAACAUUACAGACAUUUCUGCGUCUCCACAUAAAAUAUACUCAAGUUCUGUAUUAGAAGUGGAACACUGUAGCAUUCAUAAAAAUAAGCCUUUGGAUUUUUACUGUCUUGACCAUGAAGAACUGAGUUGUAGUGUUUGUUUUUAUGCAUUACACAAGAAAUGUGUGAAUAUGAAAACUGUGAAUGAGGUUGCAGAGAAACUAAAUCCAGAUCAAAUUGAUGGCAUUUUCACAUCAAUGAAAGAAAAGACAGAAUCUGAAAUUCAGCAAACAAAUGUAAACUUGGAUCAUCUCAAAGACCAGCACAGGAGAAUUCAAACAGAUGUAGUUUGUCUUGUGGAAGAUAUCAAAACCAAGCUAGAUGGAUUGCAAAACAAAUUUCAAAAAAAUUUAGAAGUGACACAUGAAAAUGAAAAGUGCCAAUUAUCAAACACACAGAUGUGUCUUGAAAAUUUCUUAGAAACUCUUACAAGGUCUGCAAAGACACUGAAGGCUACCAGUAAUACAAGUUCAAAGAGACAGCUGUUUCUCACACAUGAGUGGAUAAGGACACAACUAAUAAAAGAUUUAGAUGACAUUGAAAAACAGAACAAGCAUCAAGGUCAUGUGGAAUAUGAAAUGGAAGAAGAUCCAGUGAUGAAAAGCAUAAAGAAUGUUGAAACACUUUGUAAUGUACAUGUAAAAAAGGAUAGGACAAGCAUUAUUCCUGAUUUGAGGAAGGGAGUGGACUCAUUGAAAUGUGUAAUAAAGUUACCAAAACCAAGGAUUUCAUUGAUGACAGAUCCAGCGUCAAUUACUGUAAAUCACAUGGCAUCAUACUGUGUAAAAUGUCCAGAAGAUACGACCACACCCUGGGUCACGGGAGGAGUGUUCUUAGAGAAUGGAUCAUUGAUUAUUGUGGACAAACACAAUCACUCAAUAAAGGAGGUAUCUCCAUCGGGAUCUGUCAAAGUCCUGUUUUCCAAGAAAACAGAAGACAUUAGAGGGAUAUGUCACUCUGGGAGAGAUGAAACAAUAUUUGUUUCCAUGGGUGAAAAUAUCUCAGAAUUUUCAGUCUCUCCAAGUUUCAAAUAUCUGAAAGAUUUGAAAACUGAGAAAAUGGAAUUUUAUCAACUGAUAUUGUUGAAUGACUGUAUCUUUGCUCAUACAGGAAACCCAUGGUGUGUACAAGAAAUUCAGAAUGAUGGAACAAUUUCAAAAACUCUCAACGGUAGUAAUUGUGGGUUUGGAUUUUUUACCCUUUCCUGUGAUGCAAAAACAAUCAUUUAUUCCAAAUCAGGCUCGCUUAUAUGUGAUGAAAUUAAUAGCGGAGAAGAGAUUUUCCAUUGUUCGCAAGUUCAAACGGGAAUUACAAGGAAAGGUGUGAAAGGAAUUGGUGUAGAUAUUUAUAAUAAUAUUUAUGUUUGUGAAUGUAAAGAAGGGUGUGUUGUGCAGAUUUCUAAAGAUGGUCAGCAAAUCAGAAGAAUUUUACCAGCUCUGCAUGUUAUCAAGAAACCAUAUGCACUCUGUUUUGAUAAGAAUGGGAAGAGAUUUUUUGUUAGCUCAUGGCUAGAGUAUCAUGGUAUGGUUGAAGUGUAUGAAUUAAAAUUUUGAUUA